AAAAAAGGCAAAACAGUAGUGCUGCAGUUAAAAUAAAAAUUGUUGUUUUUCAGUUUUAAAGUUUUUAUAACAACUUAAGGAAAAUAAUAAAAAAAUAAUUAUUAAUAUUUGCGUUAUUCAAUAAUAUUUCGGUGUCGGAAACCCUUAUUGAUAUUUAUUUUUUUUAUAAAUAAUAUUUAAAUUUUUUCGUACGUAUGUAUGGGGAGUACACGAUUAAAAAGAUGAAUGUAAAAAAGAAAAAUUGGUAAUAAAAGAAGGCCUUUUGUAAAGCAUGAAAAAAAUGAAUGCAGUUGUAAAGUGAAAAUCUAAUUUUUUUUAAUAAAAAAUUUAUAUGAAUUUCCAAAAAUAAAUUAGUAAAAAUUACAAAUUUGGAAAAUAAGUUUUUUUUUAAAAGUGCAAAAGAUAAAAAUUUAAUAAAUAUUACAAAAAUAUACAAAUAUAUAAGAAGUACAACACAUUUAAUGUGUUAUAAGUAAUAUAUACCCACAGCAUACAUACAUACAUAUUUCAAUUUGAAAUAGUGAUUUUUUAUGUUAUAUUAAUUCUUUACCUUGGCCGGUUUGUGCCAUUUUGUUUAGUGCAACAACAGUGUCAUAGGUGUAUAUAAAUAUAAAAUGUAAUUUUUUGAUAAAAAAUAUACCAAACAAGUAAAAAUAUUGUGUUGAGAUGAAAUUUUGAGCAUCUAUAAUUUUUAAUGGUUUUAUAAUAUUUCUAAGUUAUAAAUAUUUGUUUUCCGAAAAGAUAAAUAUUUUUUUUAAUUUGAUAAGAAAAAGGAAUAAUUAAAUAAAAUAUUUCAUGUUUAUAUGCUUGCCUGCCUAGUUAGUUUUUGGGUAACAUAUAAUAAAUGUAGCUAGCCAUUCACACUUUCAAUACGUUGCAUAUACCAAGUAAUUUUUUGGAUUUUUUCUCUUGGGAAAAAAAAUAAAUAUUUAUAAUUCAAAGGAUUAUAAGAAAAAUAAGACGCUACAGGAUAUUCGUACAUAUAGAUUAAGGCAAAUAAAAAGAUGAAAUGAUAUUCAACAAUUCAUUGUUUCAUUAUUUUAAUAUUCGAACAAAUUUGCCGAAAUAAAUGCCAAAUUGAAAAAGGAGCACAUUAAAUUAGCAGAGAAUACCUUAAAUUUUAAAAAUAUUUUCAAUAGCUUAUUCGUAAGGCGAACUUCCAAUAUAUGCAUGUACUUCCAUUUGAAUGAUCUAGUGGGACACAAAAAAAAAGCAAUAAAAUUUAAUUUUUUAAAGGAAAAAACUAAUACUUAAUUAUAAUUACUUAUAAUUUUUAUAUGUAUAUGAAGAUUAUAUAAAAAUUCAUGGUAACACUAUAAUAUUUUUUAGAUAAUUCUACAAUUUAUUUUUACAAUUAUUCUACAUACAACAUUAAUUUAUAUUUAUAAAUAAGAAUUAAAAACAAAAGAAGAAGGAAUUAGGAAAAAAUAUUUAAUAAAAAGACUUAAUAAAGUAAUCGAAGAGACUAGAACUAAGAUGAAAAUAUUUAUUUGCAAGUAAAAAAAAAGCUAAUCUAAACUGCAUAUUAAAGACUAAAUAAAGGAAUAGAAAUUUCAGUCUAAGUCAUUUUUUAUAAAUUUGCCAUUAAAUUUCUGAUUGAUUUUGAGAUUGUGAUUUAUGAAUGGAAAAAUCAACAAUUUGAAAAGAGCAAAGAAAACUAACGAAAAUGAAAAUUCUAAUUAAAAAAAUUUUUUCCGGCAUAAUUAAAAAUAUUGCUGCACUCCUUAUAUAAUAUAUAAAAAUUAAAAAAAUAUUCGCAAGGAAAGAAAAUCAAAAGAGCAAAGUGAAAAAAUGACGAUUAAAAAUAAAACACCAUCUACCAGUAAUGAAACAUUGCAAAAAAAUAUGGAUACAAAUUCUGAAAUUGAUUCUAAAUCAUUUGACACCAGAUCACCAGCUCAUUCAAUAGCUGCAACUGCAUCAAAAAUAAAUGAAAAAAUUGAAAAUAUUGCUACGAGGGACAAUAUGGAAGAAUUUCAUCAAUCCAAUUCACAAACAAUUUCUACAUGUUCAACAUCUACAAUGAAUGGUAACACUUUACCAAAUUCUGUUACAAAGUUUGCAAUACCUUGUUCUUGUGCUUACAAUUCGACAUCAACACCGAUUUGUCGUAAUAUGAAUAAGUCUUGUAAAAAUUGGUCUGUAGGUGGCGCUGCAAUAGCUCUUGAUGAUUGCGGAAGUUCUUCACCAUGUACGUCUGAUUCACUUAAUUCUAAACAUUAUCAUCAGCAGCAAAAACAACAACAAAAAAAUCAAAACAACCGAAUUAAUAGUAAUAAUGAUAGAAAAAAUAUUAAAAGUAAUAAUUGCGGUAAUUCUUUUCUAAAUUCUACAUAUGGAUUUAGUAAUGGCAAUAAUUAUAGAAGUAAUCAUAGUGGUUUUAAUACACCAGUCAAAGGCAAUAAUAGUUCAACGAAUGUUUUUAGUAAUUCACGUAUGACAACCAGUGUUACAAGUGAUUCUAGCGCUAAUGCAAAUGAAUGUCACAAAAGUAAUGAUAAUAAAAAUAGUAAUGGUAAUAAAAGUGACCAUAAUCAAUGCUCAUAUAUUAAAUCUUCGUUAUCGAUGACUUCGUUACCACCACCAGAUAAUGACUUACAACAAAAUAGUAAGGAGACAAUAAAAGCAAAAUUACAUCUUGAAAGACCAUACAAUAGUUUAAAGAAAAAGCGCAACUCAGAACGUGAUGUGUGGCGCCAUUCAUGGGGUAGUGGACACAGUCAAAGUUCAUGUAGUUUACACAGCAAUGCAACUGGUAUAAUCGGUAAAGAUGAAUUUUGGGCAGCAUUACAAACAAAUUAUAAUUAUAUUAUGGACACGAACUUAUUGGAUACAUGUAGAGAAGCAAGAUGUGAAAUUGAAGGUACAGCAGCACUACAUAUAAAUCCCAUUGAUUGUUGUGGAAAGAUGUUGCAAUCGCAAAAAACUGAAGCAAUAUCGGAGGAUCCACGAGAGUUACGAAAAUGGUUACGCGAUAUGGAAAAUAAACUUUCAACAGCUCCUUCAUUACUUGAAGCAACACAGUUGAGUAUUGAUGAAUUACAGAGGCGUUUGAAUGAUCAUUCGUGAGCACUUUGGAAGCAAAUGCAAA